UUUGAUGAUAUGUUUUCGAAUAUAUAAUUCCGGUUUACAUCAGCAUCUUAGAUGCAUUGAAAACCUAUUUGCAUAAGUGUGCCGACGAACCAACCACAGAAUGCCUGGGCACCUAAAGUAUAUCGAAGUGGACAAUUUUAAGUCUUACAGAGGCAAACAAAAGAUCGGGCCGUUCAAGAGAUUCUCUGCCAUCAUCGGACCAAAUGGAUCUGGAAAAUCCAAUUUGAUGGAUGCCAUCAGUUUUGUACUUGGAGAGAAGACCUCAAAUUUAAGAGUAAAACGACUUAGUGAUCUCAUACAUGGAGCUCCCAUUGGACAGCCAGCUGCCAGCAGAGCCUCUGUCACAGCUGUAUAUACAGGUGGAGAUGACCAAGAUUCAUCAUCAGAUAUUCACUUUACACGAGUAAUUCAUGGCUCAACUUCUGACCACAAAAUCAAUGGAAAGACGGUUUCAUCACAACAAUAUGCUGCAGAACUGGAAAAAAUAGGAGUUUUGGUGAAGUCCAAGAACUUCCUGGUGUUUCAAGGGACAGUAGAGAGCAUUGCUAUGAAGAAUGCAAAGGAAAGAACACACAUGUUUGAAGAAAUCAGCAGAUCUGGUGAGCUGAAAGAAGAAUAUGAUCUUGCUAAAGCGGAAAUGUUAAAGGCAGAGGAAGAUACUCAGUUUAAUUACCACAAGAAGAAGGGCAUUGCUGCUGAAAGGAAAGAAGCCAAAUUAGAAAAAGAUGAAGCGGAGCGUUACCAAAAGCUGAAAGAACAACUUAGUGAAAAACAGAUGGAGUUACAGCUCUUUAGACUAUUCCAUAAUGAAAGAGACAUUGAUGAGAUGUCAGAUGAACUCAACAGAAAAAACCAUUUGCUAGAAAAGGAGGUCCGGAAACGAGAAAGGAUUGAAGAAGAGAUAAAAGAAAAGAAAAAAGAACAAGGAAAAAUUACCAGAGAAUUAACAAAAAUAGAGCAGCAAUUAAAGGAAUCGGAAGUAGAACUGAACAAGAAGAGACCAUUGUACAUCAAGGCCAAGGAAAAGACUUCACAUAUGAUCAAGAAGUUAGAUUCUGCAAAAAAAUCUUUAAAACAAGCAAAAAAGACACAUGAUAACCAUGAGCAAGAGAUCAGAGAGUUAGAACAAGAGUUAGAUGAAGUAGAGAAGAAGCGACAGGAAUUCGAAGAGCGAAUAGAGGAAGAAUCCCAGUCCCAGGGCCGUGACCUCGACCUGGAGGAGUCUCAAGUACAAGAAUAUCACCAUCUGAAAGAAGAAGCAAGCAAGCGAGCAGCAAGAAAUACCCAGGAAAUGGAUUCAAUUACUCGUGAACAAAAAUCAGACCAAGACAGAUAUGACAAUGAAAGCAGAAAAAGAAAUGAACUUAUAUCUAAAAUAAAACAGAAAGAAAAUGAAAUGGAAGAAAACAGGAAACGAGUGGAGAAAUUAAAUGAAUAUAUAAAGACAAGUAACAAUGCUGUGGCAGAGCAGCGACAGCUGGAGGAGACAAUGUCAGAGGAUGUAGACACAGCAAAUCGCAGAAUUGAAGAGAUCAAUGAAGAGUUAGCCUCUGUCAUGGACCAACUAGGAGAGGCUAAAGUAGACAAACACGAAUCUGCCCGUGCCACAAAGAAGAAAGAACUUCUCAACAAUCUGAAACGACUCUUCCCAGGAGUGACUGGACGUUUGAUUGACCAGUGUGAGCCAAGCCACAAAAAGUACCAAGUAGCCAUUACCAAAGUGCUUGGUAAAUACAUGGAUGCCAUUGUGUGUGAUUCAGAGAAGACUGCCAAGGAUUGCAUCCAGUACAUGAAGGAGCAGCGUAUUGAUCCAGAGACCUUCCUUCCUCUAAACUAUCUAGAUGUUAAACCAGUCAAUGAAAAACUCAGAGAAUUUUCUGAGCCACGUAAUGUUAAGUUGGUGGUGGAUGUGAUUCGGUAUGAUCCUCCUGUGGUGAAGAAGGCCCUGCUGUUUGCUUGUGGUAACUCGCUGGUCUGUGAGACAGUGGAAGAUGCUAGAAGGGUGGCAUUUGGUGGACCAGAACGUCACAAGUCUGUAGCAUUGGAUGGGACACUAUUCCAGAAAUCUGGUGUUAUAUCAGGUGGUGCAAGUGACUUAAAAGCCAAGGCUCGGAGAUGGGAUGAAAAACAGUUGGGACAGCUGAAGAGUCGGAAGGAGAAACUGUCUGAGGAACUGAAAGAACAACUGAAGAACAAGAGGAAAGAGUCGGAGUUAAACACUAUCAGGUCACAGAUCAAGGGUCUGGAGACCCGUCUCAAGUACUCUAUUACUGACAGGGAUAACACUCUCAACAAGCACCUGACACAGAAUGAAAAAGAUCUCAACACUUAUAAUGAAAUGCUGAAGUCUUUUGAUCCAAGAAUUCAAGAGAUUGAGCGUCGUAUGUCAGAGAGAGGUGAUAAGUUAAAGGUUCUCAAGGAGAGAAUGAACAGGGUUGAAGAUGAAGUGUUUAUGACCUUCUGUAUCCAGAUCGGUGUUGAGAACAUCAGGCAAUAUGAAGAACGAGAACUUAGAGUGCAACAGGACAGAGCAAAGAAGAGGCUGGAAUUUGAAAACCAGAAAUUCAGAUUACAAAACCAAAUAGAAUUUGAAAAAUCUAGAGACACAAUUGCCAAUGUAAAGAAGUGGGAAAAGGCAUACCAGAGUGAUGAGAGAGAAUUGGAGAAAGUUAAAAAUGAUGAAUCUCGCCAUAUGAAGGUUAUUGAUGAAGAAAUGCAGACACAGGAGCGAUUAAAACAACAAAGAGUGACAUUUAAAUCACAAGUGGAAGAUGAGGAAUCGGAUAUCAAUGAGGUCCGGAAACGACUGUCUGCUCAGCAGAAAGAGAUUAGUGCUGCCCAAAAACAAAUCAAUUCUGUGGAAACUAAGUUAGAACAGAAGCGUGCAGACAGACACAGUUUAUUAAAAGCUUGUAAGAUGGAUGACAUACAGAUCCCAUUCAAGCGGGGAACAUUGGAAGACAUCAAUCGUGAGGAUGAGCCGUCUAGUCAGCCAGAGAGCAGCCAGGAAACUCCCAUAGACAGCAUGAGUAGUCAAGGAGCCAAAGCCAUAUAUGCUAGAGAGGCUAACAUCCUCAUAGACUACAGUGCCUUGGAUGAAGAUGAUAAAGAGCUUGAAAUGGCUGAUGAAGUGAGGAAGCGAGAAAACCAAUACCAGAAAGCUGUAGCUGAUAUGCACACAACAAUUCAAAGGAUUAAUGCUCCAAACAUGAAGGCUAUGGAAAAACUGGAUGGUGUUAGGGAAAGAUUUCAGGAAACGUCAGCUGAGUUUGAGGAUGCCAGGAAAAGGGCAAAAAGAGCUAAACAGGCAUAUGAGAAAGUCCGCAAAGAGAGAUAUGAUAGGUUCAUGCACUGCUUUGAGCAUGUAGCCACCAGAAUUGACGAGAUCUACAAGUCGCUGGCUCGUAACCAGAGUGCACAAGCAUUCCUGGGGCCUGAGAACCCAGAAGAACCCUACCUGGAUGGUGUUAACUACAAUUGUGUGGCUCCUGGAAAACGUUUCCGGCCUAUGGACAACUUGUCUGGAGGAGAGAAAACUGUAGCUGCUCUUGCUCUGCUCUUUGCUAUCCACAGCUAUCAGCCAGCCCCAUUCUUUGUACUGGACGAGAUUGAUGCUGCUCUGGACAAUACAAAUAUUGGAAAGGUGGCCUCAUACAUCCGUUCACAAUCUGAAAUGAGCUUCCAGUGUAUAGUGAUCUCCUUGAAGGAAGAAUUCUACAACAAGUCAGAUUCCCUCAUUGGAAUAUACCCAGAGGUGGGAGACUGUGUGAUAAGUCAUGUGUUAACAGUUGACCUUAACGAUUACCCAGAAUCCCAGCUAGGUGAAGAUGAGGACAGUCCCAGCAAGUCGCGGUAGUAGACACAGUUGACAAGAAUAUAUUUUAUGUAAAGUGCAAAUUUUAUUGUUAUUGUGUGUUUGCUUUAGUGCAAACUUCUGUGAAACUUUGUUAAGACUGCCAAGCCCACAUCAAGGCAACACUGACUAUAAUUCAUGUUUUAUGUGAGAACACAUAAUGUUUUUUCAAAACUGAGACUUUAAAACAUUUAAGCUCCACUAGGGGUAUUAUUUGAUUCAUCCAUUUCAUUUAUAUAAAUCAUAGAUGAAGUUUUGUUAAGAGAUGCCUAAAUCAUUUCAUUGUAAAUAAAUAUUUUUAAAACAACAUACUUUAUUUAUCAGCUAUGUGGAACAAAUUAGUUGUUAGUAGAUAUGUUUAUUAUAGUUUAAUAAAUGUUGUAUGUACACAACUCUGAAGCUAAAGUCAGUGUGCCAGUUUUAAGUUCCUUUGUACAUAGUAAUACUUGGAAUUGACUCUUGCUGUCUGAAAACAUUCAUCAUGUAAAUCUAACAAACCAAAACACUAGGUACAAUACAAGGCUACAGAAAUAGCAAAUAGAAGUUAUGUCAUUACAAUAUGCAUCAUCUUUCUACCAGCAUAUCCUAUGUUUAAUGAUAACUCCAUCUAUCAGAUUUUAACUGUAAACAUGGCCAAUUCAGAAUCUGAAAUGGCUGAGGUAAAUUUUGAUUCGGUGUUAGUACUGUUUGUUUCCUUGUAAGAACUGGCUUUUAACCACAUUACACAGCAAGAAAAAUUUCUAGAAGACUUCACAAUCUGAAAUACCAGUUAUCUGUAUCAGCAAUCCUCAAUAGAAUGUUUGAGAGAGAUAAAAAAGUAUAUUUCCAUUUUCCAAUUAAAUCUAUAACAAAGAUAUGGGAAAAUGUAGAUCAAGAAUGAAUAAAGCCAUCUGUUUGUUAUACUUUGUAAGUAUAACAUCACUCUAUAGUUUUAUCUGUUUUACAUGUUGAUAUAGAUAGGUUUUAUUUGGUUAAGUCAGUAUGAUGUUGAUGUAUGUCUUUUACACACCUUUGUUGUUUAUCAGAUAGAGAUAUUAACUCCAGUGGUAUCUAGCUGUGUGUAUUUGUUGUAUCUAUGUGGACGAUUCCAGGGAUUUUAUUGUUGAGGACCUGCUGUGCUGAUUUCUAUGACAUCCUUGUCGUUUACUUCGUCAUCCUCACAAAACCGUUUGUUUGUAAAAAAGUUAUUCACUUUGAUUUUACCAGAUUCAGAUAUGUUCUAAUGAGGAGAAAAUAUUUUUGAUACACAAACCGUAAAUAAACCAUCAGUAUUGCUUUAGUUUACACUUUCUCAAGUUUGAACACUGAAUGAUUCUUUAAAUCAUAUUUACAGUAAAAUUAGACAAGGAUGUUUGAAAUUGAGGAAAGGAAACCUGCAGCAAUGAAGAUUCAACAUUACUGUAUAAUUAUGUCAAUGACAUUUCAUAAUAAGCUAUUUUGAUUGGUUGUUUGGUAACUACAGUAUCACAGCUGCCUUUCAGAGUAGACAUGUCUAAUUCUUUGUCAUGGUCAUUAAUAAUAAAUGAAUUUGUAAAAGUU